AUGGCUUCUGGACAGCGGUUGUUGGUGGCGGCGCUCCUCCUGUUCCUCCUGGUUGACUCAUCCUCGGCGGUUCCGGUAACAAGGAGCCUAAAGACCAUCAAAGACAAGGUAGCUGCAGAAAAUGCUGAACUCCUAAAUUUAGAGGAAUUUGUGGAGGGAAGAAUGAAUUUGGAGGUUGAAGAUUAUUCAGGAGCUGGAGCUAACUAUAAGAAUGAACCAGGAACCCCUGGAAGAAAUUAA